GGGGGGGGCCCACCACCAUUCUAUCAGCUGAACACACGCUGUCUCUCUUCUCUCUCUCAUUUCCUCUGCAACACUCUCUCUAGAACACCUCUGGAUUCACCCAUUUUUUAAAAUCCGACCAUCCGAUCUUCGAUCCGACCACAUUUUCACCAUGAAAGUGGCCCAGAUCUACAAGGAGCCUAUGGGUAGGUGCAUCGACCUUAAUGUGCACUUACACAUAGCACGCAUAGCGAGGCAUGAUGGCGUAGUUGAUGGUGAGGCCAGUGAAUUCCUUGACGCCGAGUUCGGUGUUAGCUCUACCCGGUGUUAGCUCUAGGGGUGGUAGGUUGGUGGUUGGAACUUUCAGGGAUUUUUCAUUAUGCCGCUAUUUUGAUUAUCCAAUGGUAACCCCUUAUUCUAUUCAUUGUUGGACCGGAUGGAUUCUCAAGAUUUUGCUCAGCCUCCUCCCCAGGCUCAAACUUGAGUUACUCCUUUCUAGGGCAUCAUUUGCAUCUUCGUGGGACAGACUAGUAGAUUCCCUGGUGUUUACAGCCGGAGAAAAUCAUGGUACUAUGAACCUUGACAUGUCUUGUCCAUGGAGCAUGGAUAGUAUGUUUCAGCGCUGCUAUCAGUGGUGAUCGAACAGGCGAUCGAAGGGUCUAUUCUCGUCUGAUUGAGCUGAAAUUUGGAGAGAAUGUUUUGGACUCGUGGUUCUAAGAUCUGGGUGGUGGAGAUCUAUUUUGGAGGCUGAGAUCCUUGGAAAUCAAUCUGUUUUCGUACUGCCUCCUGGUUCGGUUUGUUUUUUAUUAUCUUUUUAGUUAUUUUAUUGAUUUGAGAUAAGAUUGAUUAUGUUUUGUCUUUUACCUCUUGUGACUUGAGAAGAUUUUAUAAUAUCUGGAUUUGGUGAUAUUAGAAGAACUUUUGGGUUGAUUUUGAUCGUGUGGUUUCUACUCUUCACAUUGAGGGGGGUUUUUCACAUAAAUUGAUUUGUCUCUUUUACUUUUGUGAUUGCACUUGAUAUUUAGCUAGUUAUUUUGUUUUUUCGCAUGUUUUCACAAGAAAUGAUUUGGUAUAUAUUGAUCCCAACAAUCCAACCACACAGGAUCACAUGAAUUCAAAGAUCCCGAACACCGACUCCUUUAUCACUUUAUCGCCACAUCUAUCAAUGUUAAGAGUGGCUCGUUAAAUAAUGUCACUUCUGAUAACUUGAUGAUCAUGUGGUGUGCCAUUCACAAGACGCACUUUAAUUAACCUAUCAACCUUCAUUUUUGAUAAAAUGUAUCAGUCAGUGAUCCUAAAAUCCACAGGAAAACUUCCCUAUGGCAUGAUUGUAUAUGCCAAAUUCUCAGUAGAAUGCAGGGAAGCCUACAAAAAGAAAAAUCGAUCCCUCAUUCUCCUUUCGACAUAUAUUCCAAACACUUACUCUCACGAGAAUGAAAGUUCAAAGAGAAUGGAAUAUGGAAGAUGCCUUCGAAAGAAAAUAAGGGAAUAAAAUAAGGCCAGGCCGUCCAAUCUUCCUCCAGUCUGACCUCAUGUCCACCAAAUCCAUCUGAAGAUACAGUCUCAAUAACCCAACUCCUUCAAGCACAAUGGACAGAAAUGAAGAAAUGGCAACAAGAGCUAAUGGGCAAGCUACUGAGCAUGGAUGAAAGACUUUCAAGAGUGGGACAAGGUCAAAGACAUAUCAUUGCACGAUUGUGGAGGACAAAGGUGAGAGCACAAAAAGCUCAACAUCUUGUUACAAUUGACUCCAAGGAAGAAGAAGAAAUGGGGAGCCUAGCCACGAUGAAGAGGAGGAGAUCUCUGAAGAGUCUAGGAAUAGCAAAAUCAAAAUUAAGCUUUUUCAAUGAUGCAUAGUUAAUUUGAUUUGUACUCCUAAGAACUCCUUGACUGAUUAUUCCUUUUUGGCAUGUACUUAGAAUUAUCAUUUUCUAUCAUUUAAAUUGGGGUCCUUUAUCUUUA